AAUGAAGGUAUUAGAAUAACCUAUAUGAAGAUCUACGUUGAUGCAUUCAGUGGAGAGGAAAUCGUUUCUGACAGUUUCAAUAUGGAAGAAAAAUUUGAAGGAGUUAUUGGUGAAGUGUAAUCCCAAGAUAUUGUUAAAGGUGCUCUCAAUGUAGAUGUUGGUAAAAUAUUGUAAUAUUCUAUUUUUAGGUGCUGGAGGUCAUUUUGGUGGUAAGAACGAAGAUGAAGAAGAUGGAGGUGUAGAUGAUUAAGCCUAAAAAGUUAAUAACAUCAUUGAUGCCUUUAAAUAUGCUGAAACCUAAUUCACUAAAGCUGAUUAUGUUACUUAUUUCAAAACUUAUGCCAAAAAAGUUAAGGCUUAUUUAGAAGCAAAUAAACCAAACAGAGUUGCUCCAUUCUAAAAGGGAGCUGGCGAAUUCAUUAAAUGGGUUUCUGCUAAUUUCAAUGAUCUCUAAUUGUAUUAUUUAGUAUUCUAUUAUUUAGCUACUGUCCUGAAUCAUAUGACAUGGAAAACCACAUUGUUCUUGGUUAUUACAAAGAAGGAUAAGCUGCCCCAGCUUUUGUAUACAUUUUAGAUGGAUUAAAAGAAGUCAAGAUGUGAA